UUUGGCUUACUUUAAUGCAACUCAAAUUCAAUUAAGUUAACAACACAGAAAACAGUUCAACUGAGCUUUAAUUUACACUUAACAAAAAUGCCAGGACCAGGGCCUCACCUGAUGUACGCCAUGUCUUCAGGUGUAGCUUUAACCACCAUCACCAAUGGCCGGUUCACCCCUCACCACACUCUCAUCUACACCAUCAACGCAUUUUUCGGACCGGACAUUGGUUCAUUCUCCGAGUGGGCCGGCUCAAUCAUUGGUCCAUCAGCAGAGCAGCUAGGAUCUGCUAUAACUGACUAUAUCCAUCACCCUUUUUUCUAUAUCUUCAUUCUGGGGUUUCCUCUUUGUGUUUUUUAUUCUUGGGUUUCUAAAGUUUUGAUUCAAAGGAAGAUUCUUGAUUCUGUAUCUGGGAUUCCACUUUCAAGGAAGCAAUGCUUGUUGUUGGUGUCUGCUGGAUGUUUAUCACACUUUUUUCUAGAUCACUUGUUUGAGGAAAAUGGACAUUCAUCGGUGUAUACCUGGAUAUUAAGCACCGGUUGGUGGAAGAAUCGGGCGCCUGUAAAUCCAGAUGCUGUUAUAGUGGUUGGCAUCUUAUGCAAAUUGUUAAUUGGUGGCUUUAUUUACAUUAACAGAGUAAAACCUUUGAAGUUGAUUAGAAAACAAUCACACCAAUCAUUUAAACUUAUUCUCUUCACCGCAACCCUCUAUUGCUUGUGGUGUGCAAGCCAGAUAUACUUGGUAAAUCCCCGACGGCCAGCCGUUGGCGAAGAAGCUGAUCUCGGAGUGCUUGUGUUUUUAGCUAUUUACUUGUUUCUCCCUCACUCCUUCUGUGUCAUGUCGAUGAAUGCAAAAGAACACGACGCAGAGCAACUUCCGGUAUAAGGAAUCACAUUGAGAACAAGAAAGAAUUUUGUCCGGUUCCACGAUUCUUAUGUAAUUUCCACAAUCAUUUCUUUAUUCCACUUGUAUCACAUGCUAUAUUAUCUGUAUAUACCGAUAAAUUUAUGACUUCUGUGUAAGUCAAAUUUUGGUUGAGCAAAGUACCAGAAUUGCAGACUAGUUGAUCAAUUUUUUUUUCAGAA